GGAUCUUUCCACUUUUUCGCCGUCUGUCUUGUCUCACGUUCUCCUUGGCUCUCGUCAGCUCUCGUCGCCGGGGCUUCGCUGCGUGUCGAUUUAUUAUUUCACGAGAUUGGUGAUUUUUCGAAAAAUGGCACAAAAUAAAUUCAACGAAAUGGCCUCGCGCUUCGGCAAGGGCACGAACGGCGUGCCGAUGAGCCUGAAGUUUCUCGCCGCCGCGGGUGUUGCAGCUUACAGCGUCUCCAAGGCCAUGUACACAGUGGAAGCUGGCCACAGAGCAAUCAUAUUUUCUCGACUGGGAGGCAUUCAGAAGGACAUUUUGACUGAGGGUUUGCAUUUCCGCAUUCCAUGGUUUCAAUAUCCAAUAAUUUACGAUAUUAGGAGCAGACCUAGAAAGCUGUCCUCGCCCACAGGAUCCAAAGACUUGCAAAUGGUCAAUAUCUCGCUGCGUGUUCUCUCGCGUCCCGACGCCACCACACUUCCAAUCAUGUAUCGGCAACUGGGUCUUGAUUAUGAUGAAAAGGUACUGCCAAGCAUUUGCAAUGAGGUGCUGAAGUCUGUUGUCGCUAAAUUCAACGCCUCACAACUGAUUACGCAAAGACAGCAGGUAUCCAAUAUGGUGCGCAAGGAAUUAACAGAGCGCGCACGAGACUUCAACAUCGUUCUAGAUGAUGUCUCGAUAACGGAGCUUAGCUUUGGCAAGGAAUACACUGCCGCAGUUGAAGCUAAACAGGUGGCCCAACAGGAGGCUCAACGAGCCGCGUUUGUUGUGGAAAGAGCCAAGCAGGAACGACAACAAAAAAUCGUACAAGCUGAAGGAGAAGCGGAAGCAGCCAAAAUGCUUGGUUUAGCAGUCGGUCGGAACCCUGGAUAUCUGAAGCUGCGUAAAAUACGAGCUGCACAGGCUAUUUCACGUACCAUUGCUAAUUCCCAGAAUAGAGUAUACCUCAGUGGCAAUAGUCUGAUGUUAAAUGUUCAAGAUCCUACUUUCGAUGAGGGAUCAGAUAAGCUGAAAAAUUACACGAACUGGAAGAGUUGGGACGACGCGGCCGACUGUGCCGUCCGGAGCCUAAAUACAAGCUUGGCACUGUCGAGUGCCGAAAGGUCCGCCAUCAAGACACCAGUACCCUCUGUCGUUCCGUCCCUCCUGGAAUCAGCUGACGAUAGUGCUAAACGAAUAGUACCGUUACGAUAAUCAUGACACGAGUUUGUCUCCACCAAACAUAAAUCCUCUAUGUCCGCUGUCUCCUGUCGUAAAGCAUCCUUUUAUGUGUACGUUUUUCACGUCUGCUGAUAAUAAGACAAAUGAUAUAAUUAGAAAGAGAUAUCGUUAGAACUGUUUGUUCUGACUAUAUUUUUUACAAUUUCUCUGCCUUGAAAAUAAAAUACUCAAAAGAGAUAGAAAGAUAAGGUAGAGAUACAGAAUCCAAAAUUAAUAUAUUAAGAUAGGUAUGUUAAGAGAGACUAUUUUGAUUAAGAAGCGUGAUUUUUCUCUGUC